AUGCCGGACCCUACGGUCGACCUCACCAAAGCCGCCCAGGCAUCAAACCGCUCGCAGAAUCCAACCCACACGCCCGCCACCCUAGCAAGUCUGACCAUCCGCCUCGAAGGCGAUGCACUGAUCAAUCCCGACGAAGGCGAAGAUGCCAUCCAUCUCAUCAAAGCAGCUCUGGAGCAACACUCACAUCAGACGUCACCAAAUGCCACCUUGUAUCACCAUAUCACCUACUGCGUCGAGCAUAUCGAGAAGUUGAAUUACUUCCCCUUUGGCUUCCUGAUUGUGCCCGCUGUCGAGGAAAGCGCGACCGACCAGGAUGUUCUGUGGCUCGCUCAUGUAAAUUUCGAAGAGCCGUGCGAUGUCACUGCUUUUCGCAUCCAGUAUAAGGACGCCGAAGAGUGCUGUGCGCCGUUGAGGGAUGACGAUGUGAGCGUGGAGGAGAUGCGAGAGAUGCAUGAAGUCAGACGAGAUGAGACUGUGAGAGGCGGCGGCCGGUGA